AUGGACAGAUAUGAGAUGGGUCAGAUCAUGAAGGCCAAGCAGAGGUCUGAAAUGGUGGCUGCUCUGAAGAGUACAAUGGCAGCUCUGCUCGAAAAAGAAGCCAACAUGCGAAACCUGGAAAACCUUGGGGAGAAGAACCCUCCUUACCAGAUAUCCAUGCACAACCGAUGUCACACUCAAGGAGGGUACUUCUUAGUUGACUUGUAUGCUCUGCCCACUGCCAUUUCCAGCAUAAUGGAUCAUCUACAACAGCCUUUCUAA